GAACAAAAAACGGAGGAGGAACAAGACACCUGGCUGCCAAAAAAAAAUACAACAGUUGAAGAACUUCUUGGUGUUGGGAAGCAGCUGUUUUUCCCAAAAGGCAUUUCUUCAAAAGGGUCUGCAGAUGAAUUUGUUUUUGAAAUUCGUGACUUUGCUCAAAAUAUUGUGUUGCCAGAAGUCACACUGUGUCAGCUUUAUGAACAGAGUAAACUACGAAUGUUACGUCUAUAUCUUUGUUCAAAGAAAACAGAUAUUGAUGAGCUGCUAGCCCUUGUCAUUUCUUCAGAUACAGAUUCUGACUUUGUGCCUGAUGGGUCAACCCAGAUCAAGCUGAGAAAGGCCAGUGUAAUGAAAAGAAAACCAAAACUAAUAAAGCAGAGCUAUGUUCGAGUUGAUGAAAAGAUUGAUGGUCAUUCCCACAGAAACAUGUCUUCAGUUCCUGAGAUGGAUGAAUCACAACACAAAGAGCACAGUGUGGUCAUUACAGUAAAAAGGAAAUCAGAAAGAAAGAUGAAGUGGACAGAUAAUAAAGUGCAUGAAAAUUAUGAUGGUAGUGGUCAUGGAAGAAUAUCUUCAGAUACUGACCAUGUUGAAUGCCCACAUGAGCAGCUGAGCAGGUUUGUAUCCAGCUCGCCUAUUGACAAUUCUGAAAAACUUGAAAUUGCACUUGCUAUUGACACAUCAUUGGAAGAUCCUGAGAUUCAGUUUGGCAACAUGUAUGAUAACAGUGAGAGUGCUCUUAUGUCUACACUUUCAUGGCAUUUCCCAGAUCAGGAGUUCAUAAUGAAUGAUCAACAAUUGCCUGUGGCUUCAACAGAUGAACCAGCUAGGGAUGAAAGUGUAAAAGAGGUCCAGAAAAUAAAAAUAAGAUGUGUAAAUAUAAUUCAGGAUAUGAUGUAUGUUUUCAAGGAACCUAAAGUUCUGGAUGUAAUAUUGCGAAUUGAGUUUGUCUGUGAGAAGGCAAUAGGUGAUCAUGGAGUAUCAAGGGAAGCCUACAUAGCCUUUUGGGAGGAGUUUAUGGAACAGUGUGAAGGAGAGGAGGAACGGGUCCCCAGACUCAGGCCAGACUAUUCAGAGAAGGAAUGGCAGGCUGUUGGUAGAAUAUGGUCUAAAGGUUAUGUGGACCACGGUAUUAUACCUGUCAGACUUUCACAGGCAUUUGUCUUUGCCUGUAUUCAGGGAAUUGAUGCAGUGGAUGAAAGCCUAUUGAUGUCAUCCUUUCUAAAAUACUUGUCUUCUGCAGAACAAGAAUGCAUUGAGAAGGCAUUACAGGGCAACAUGGAUGAAAUUAAUAAGGAAGACUUAAUUGACCUAUUAACAAGAAUGGGAUCUCACAACCUGCCUCCACAAGAUAAUAUGCAGUCUGCCAUUUUGACAAUGGCGCACAAAGAUUUACUGCAAGAGCCAAAAUUCAUCAUUGAUUGCUUCAUAUCUGUUAGAGCAGUCAUGCACUGAAAUCUGAUAAAUAAAGAAAGCACACUGAAGCUGUAGGAGUCAAAGAAGGCAACAAACAGGAAAGUAGCACAAAUUUUAAAACCAUCAAAAGAAUUCUUGAGCCAGCAUGAGCAAGUGGUCUUAAAUCAUUUACUGCGCUAUGUGCGAAGUGUAGACCAGAGAAGACUUGAGACCUUCUUGAGGUUUUGCACAGGUUCAAAUGUUAUGUGCAAAGAGAAAAUUGAAGUAGCAUUCAAUAAUUUGUCCGGUCUUAGUCGAAGGCCUGUAGCUCAUACUUGUGGAGCAGUUCUUGAGUUGCCAUGCACCUAUAAUUCAUAUCCAGAGUUUCGUACAGAAUUCGACAAUAUUCUGUCUGGCAAUUGCUUUG